GAAGAUGAGCCGGGAGUGUGGUGGCGAGAGCGUGGGGGUGCGGCUCACGGUCUCCUCUCUGUGGCAGGUACAUGUCCCAGAGCAAGCACGCGGAGGCCCGGGAGCUCAUGUACUCGGGAGCCCUGCUGUUCUUCAGCCAUGGCCAGCAAAACAGCGCAGCAGACUUGUCCAUGCUUGUCCUGGAGUCCCUGGAGAAGGCAGAAGUGGAGGUGGCCGACGAGCUGCUGGAAAAUCUGGCUAAAGUGUUCAGUCUGAUGGACCCCAACUCUCCUGAGCGCGUGGCCUUUGUGUCCAGAGCCCUGAAGUGGUCCAGUGGAGGCUCCGGGAAGCUGGGCCACCCCCGGCUGCACCAGCUGCUGGCCCUCACCCUGUGGAAAGGUAGGUCUGGGGCCAGGGCGGGCGUGGGCCCCUCUCUGCUCUCACGGUGUUGAUAUGCACUAUGCAUUCCAGUCCAUCAGGGUCGCCCACUGGGGCAGGGGUGGGGUUUCACCCUGUGGUCAUGUGGGUCGGUCCAUGGAGGCCCGUGCACCAUGCCAAGCCCCCGAUCAGAUCCACUGCCCCGAGAAGCUGCAAGACGGGGGGCAGGCGACCGCCUCUCCAGGCCUUCCCGUGUGAUGUUCUGACCCUCAAGGAGGCAGCCGCACCCUCACAGGGCCUACACGUGCUGCUGCUCCUUUCUGGAACGUUCUUUCCAGCGCUGGGAUGAUGCCAUGCCUUGUUUUUCUCCUUUACACUGACCUCAUCUUCUGAUGAAGCCUUUGCGGGGAUUAAUCACCCUGUGG